ACAGCUUCAUCUACUCAUAAAACGUUUCUUCGUCUCUCCGGCAGCUAAGACCAAAAUCAAAUCAAAUCAAAUCAAAUCCAAUCACUUUCUAUCCGCUCCGCUUUUCUCCAAUUCAUCGAAGCCGAUAUGCGUAACAAUGAAUGUUUUCCACGGAGCAGUAUGGAAGGGCGAGACAUUUUGUUAAGCAUCCGCCAUAUCUUGUGAAUUGCGAUCGCUCAGUGCCGGGUCGGGGAUCUGGUUCGGGUCAGGAGUUGCGUAUAUACAUACAUGUAUAGAAAAUAAAGUUUCGAGAAUGGUUAGUAGUAUAACAGAAGGUACAAUGAUACAUCAUCUGGUCAUAGUGUUGCUGCUUCUUUGGUUGCUCAAUUCCUUCGAUUACUGCCAUCCUUUUGCUUACUUUGCCUCUCUCGUCUAUAUCUAUUUGGUUCAUGAGAGCUAUGUGAUUAGAUUGAGGAGGAGAUUGCAGUUUGAGGAAAAAAGGCAGUCGUAUCAAAGACGGGUACUUACUGAUUCAGAAAGUGUAAGAUGGUUGAAUCAUGCUCUAGAGAAAAUCUGGCCUGUUUGUAUGGAGCAUAUUGUCUCCCAGAAAAUUCUCCUUCCUAUCAUACCAUGGUUCAUGCAGAAGUAUAAGCCUUGGACAGUGAAGGAUAUCGAUGUUCAGCAUUUGUACUUAGGGAGAUGCCCACCUAUGUUCACAGAGAUGAGGGUUCUUCACCAAUCCACAGGAGAUGAUCACUUGGCCUUAGAGUUGGGAAUGAAUUUCUGUACUGAGGAUAUGAAUGCAUCUCUAGCUGUCAAACUGAGGAGAAGAUUGGGCUUGGGGAUGCGGGCAAAAUUACAUCUGUUAGGCAUGCAUGUUGAAGGGAAGGUUUUAGUAGGUGUGAAGUUCCUCCCCAAGUGGCCAUUUCUUGAUCGUUUACGGGUUUGCUUUGCGGAGCCACCUUAUUUUCAGAUGACUGUGAAACCUAUAUUCAGUCAUGGACUAGAUGUUACUGAACUUCCAGGAAUUGCUGGAUGGCUGGAUAAGCUUUUGACCAUUGCUUUUGAGCAGACACUUGUUGAGCCAAACAUGCUAGUUGUUGAUGUAAAGAAAUUUGCUUCACCAGAACCAGAAAAUUGGUUCACGGUUGAUGCAAAGGAAACCAUUGCUCAUGUUGUUGUGCAAGUUUUCGAGGCAGCUGGGUUGAAGCCAUCAGAUCUUAACGGAUUGGCUGAUCCAUACCUGAAAGGGAGACUUGGCCCUUACAGAUUCAGGACCAAGACUCAGAAGAAGACGCUAACUCCAAAGUGGCAAGAGGAAUUCAAAAUCCCAGUUUGUUCCUGGGAGUCACCUAAUGAUGAGCUCAAGAUUGAAGUUUGUGAUAAAGACCAUAUUGUGGAUGACUCAUUAGGAGAAUGCUCCAUAAAAGUUACAGACUUCAGGGAUGGGCAGAGGCAUGAUAUGUGGUUGGCUCUUAAGAAUAUUAAAAUGGGGAGAUUGCAUCUUGCAAUAACUGUGAUUGAGGGUGACAAAAAGGAUGUAGAAAUGGAUGAUGAAGGAACUGUUGAUGAUGAGCAAAACAGGGACUCCUUUGAAAAUGAUGCAGCCGAUGUAGGCCCCCCAAGUGAAUUACCUGAUAAAGCCCCUAAAGUUGCAGACAGAUAUGAGCCCAUUGAUAUUGAAGGGCAAGAAGAGACUGGGGUAUGGGUUCAUCAUCCAGGUGUUGAAAUUGCACAAGUCUGGGAGCCAAGGAAGGGUAAAGGUAGGAAAAUUGAUGGUGAGGAUUCUGAUUCUGUGGGAAGUUUUAAGUCAAUGGAUGGGAGUUUUAAGUUAAAAAAAUCCGGCUCGUCUCAUAGUGAUGACAACAGGUCUGAUGAAAACGAGAAUGAAAAUGGACAUUCAAUGAAUCGAUUGCAUAGGGGUUUGAAUAAAAUCAGUGCAGCGUUUCACAGGAGUCCCAGAAAUCACGACAAAUCCAGUAACCUUGAUGAGCCAGCCCCAUCUCCACAUAUAAAUCUCAAGGCGCUAAAUACAAAGAAUAUUGGUGUAACGUUUGUAGUGGAUGACACAGAUGCUCAAUCCCCUGAAAGAAGAUCAAAAGAAGAUGCUCAAUCCCCUGCAAGAAGAUCAAAAGAAGAUGCUAAAGAAUGUCAGGAAGGAGAUGAACAAGAUAGUCCAACUAAGGGGAAUAUAAAAGAUAGGGCAAAGAACAUGUUGAAGCAUGUAGGGAGAUCCGCUCAUGGUGGCAUAAAACAUGUUCUUUCUCGUAAAGGAUCAAGAAAAUCAAAAACCGAGUCAGAGUUGACACCCUCAGAGAGAGACAACUCCGUGGUAUCUGAUUCUUCAGACGAGUCAUCUGUUCUGUCAUCAGUUGGCACCCCAAAAGUUGUACCAGAUUCAGUUGUUCAUGAUACAUCUCCUCCUGGUAAUGAUUCCACUAAAUCUAGUGAUUACAUAACCGAGACUUCAAAUGAAACUGCAUUCACGGAGAACAAACCAGUAGAUAGAGUUGGCCAUGAAGAUGCAUGUGUGAUGGAUGAUAAUCCCCUCCCAGGGGCCCAAAAAGUAAAUGAUUUAGAAAGUUCUCAAGAUUCAAAAAUUCCAUUGGAAAAUGUUACAGAAUAAUGAGGCAAUUGAGACAAAUGCUCAGUUAUGGUUUUUUGUACCUUAUAAGUGGUUAGAUUGCUCAGAUUUGAGUGCAUGUUAUUGUCAUUGUUUGUGUGUUCUGUACAGUCUCCUUGCAAACCAUUAUAGUACACUAGACAUAGUGUAGUCUGCUCCUGAAACAAUUCUCAUGUUGGCUUAUGCCUAUGGAGUAAGCAUAAUAUUACAUGUAAUUUUUAUAUAUUUUAUUAUUCUUUUUGUUAA